CUCAGCACCAAGGUGCCCGUCCCGUCCGCGCAGCUCAACCUGUACCGCGCGUCCGUCGCGCUCCGCGGCGUCCUCCUGGCGCUCUUCCUCCGGUACCGCGUCACCCACCCGGUGCCCGACGCCUACGGGCUGUGGCUCACGGCCGUCGCCUGCGAGUCCUGGCUCGCGCUCUCGUGGCUCGCGGCGCAGCUGCCCAAGCUCUCCCCUACCAACCGCGCCACGCACCUCCACAGGCUCGACAAGGACGACUGCUCCGGCGGCGGCCAGCGGCGGAUGGCGGGCGUGGACGUGUUCGUGAGCGCGGCCGACGCGGCGAGGGAGCCGCCCCUGGCGACGGCCAACACUGUGCUGUCCGUGCUCGCGGCCGACUACCCCGCGGGCAGGCUCGCCUGCUACGUCUCCGACGACGGCGCCGACAUGCUGCUCUUCGAGGCGCUCUUCGAGACGGCGCGGCUCGCGCGGAGGUGGGUCCCCUUCUGCCGCCGCCACGGGGUCGAGCCGAGGGCGCCCGAGCCCUACUUCGCGCGGAACGUGGACUACCUGAGGGACAAGGUCGCGCCCUCGUUCGUCAAGGAGCGCCGCGCCAUGAAGAGGGAGUACGAGGAGUUCAAGGUGAGGAUGAACUACCUCGCUGCCAAGACGAGCAAGGUGCCGGAGGAAGGAUGGCUCAUGUCCGACGGCACGCCGUGGCCCGGCAACAACUCGAGAGACCACCCCGCCAUGAUACAGGUACUCCUGGGGCACUCCGCCGAUGACCGCGACGCCGACGGUGUCGAGCUCCCUCGGCUCUUCUACGUGUCGCGGGAGAAGAAGCCGGGUUUUCAGCACCACAAGAAAGCCGGCGCGAUGAACUCAUUGCUCCGGGUGUCCGCCGUGCUGACAAAUGGCGCCUACGUGCUUAAUCUGGACUAUGACCACUACGUCAACAACAGCGGAGCCCUGAGGGAGGCGAUGUGCUUCCUCAUGGACCCGGAGGCUGGGAACCGGACAUGCUUCGUCCAGUUCCCUCUGCGGCCCGCCGCCUCAGCAGCCGACGACGAGGGAGAUCGAUGGGGGAGCCGCGAGCGCGACUCCGUCUUCUUCGAUAUCGACAUGAAAUGCUUGGACGGCAUUCAGGGCCCGGUUUACGUCGGCUCCGGGUGCUGCUUCAACCGGAAGGCGCUGUACGGGUUCGAGCCGGCGGUGGCUGACGACGCCGACGACCUGCAGACCGGCCGUCGGAGCUGGUGCUGUUUCGGGGGCAGGGAGAGGCGAAAGCUGAGGCUGAGGAGGAACAGGUCCGUCGUGCCCUUGCUCGACUCUGCAGACGACGAUGAGGAAACGGUGGGAGCGAGGAGACGGAGGCUGCGUUCGUACCACGCCGCGCUGGAGCGCCACUUCGGCCAUUCUUCAUUGUUCAUCGCCUCGGCGUUCAUAGAGAAAGGGCCGGCAAUGGCAGUGCCAACCACUCCUCUCCUCAAGGAGGCCAUCCACGUCGUCAGCUGCGCGUACGAGGAGCGGACGAGAUGGGGCAAAGAGGUUGGGUGGAUUUACGGCGCCGGCGCCGGCGUGGCGACGGGAUUCAGGAUGCACGCGCGCGGGUGGGCGUCCGCGUACUGCGUGCCGGCGCGGCCAGCGUUCAGGAGCUACGCGGGGGCCAGUCCCUCGGACAUGCUCGCCGGGGCGUCGCGGCGGGCGUCGGCGGCCAUGGGGAUCCUGCUGAGUCGGCACUGCCCCGUCUGGGCCGGCGGCGGCAGCAUGAGGCCCCUGCAGCGGCUGGCCUACGUGAACUGCGUCGCCUACCCACUCACCUCCAUCCCGCUCACCGUCUACUGCGCGCUCUCGGCCGUGUGCCUCCUCACCGGCAAGUUCAUAUUCCCCGACGACGUGGACGACUACGACGGGUUCCUGCUCGUCCUGCUCCUGUCGUCGGUGAUCGCGUCCGUGGCACUGGAGCUGAAGUGGAGCGGCGUGUCGCUGCGGGCGUGGUGGCAGAACGAGAAGCUCUGGUUGGUGAUCGGCACAUCGGCCGGCCUCACCGCCGUGUUCCAGGGUAUCCUCAGGGCGUGCACUGGCAUCGACGUCGGCUUCUCGACGGACACAACCGCGGUGGCGGUGUCCGAGCGGCAGGCCGAGGAGGAUGACGAGGAGGCGAUGACGCCAGACUCGAUGCGGUCGGUGCUGUGGACGAACCUGCUGGUGCCGCCGAUCAGCGUGCUGCUCGGCAACCUCGCCGGCGUGGUGGUGGCAGUGUCGUACGGGAUGGACCACGGGUACGAGUCGUGGGGCCCGCUGGGCUGGAAGCUGGUGUUCGCCGCGUGGGUGGUGGCGCAUCUGCAGGGGUUCCUCAGGGGGCUCCUCUCGCGGCGGGAACGGGCGCCGACCCUCGCCGUGCUCUGGUCGGUGCUCUUCAUCUCCGUUCUGUCGCUGAUGUGGGUGAACACCCAGACGUACUAUGGGCCGUCGGCACCAUCGGCCACGCAGCAGCCCAUAUUUUGA